CGCAGCUAUCAGUGUCAUUUUAUCGAAGCAGAACCACCCUGAACCGAAAUACCACCAGCACGAGGACCAUCAAGUCCAAAUAGCGAGGCCAAUAGCUAUCUACCAGAGGACCUUCCUGCUAACACCGUACAGCCACGCCCCGGCGAACACCAAGAGUCUUAAACUACCUACAUAUUUCAAGAACAAGAACGAAAUCGUCUACUCACCAUGCCUUUCCGCAACCACACAGAUAGCUCACCCUCCGUCAUCUUAGAAUUUCCCCCAAACGGCACCCCGUAUUCAUCACCAUGGACUCACUCGUAACCACCGCCCGCGCCAUCCAAACUCAACUAACCACAAAUAGCACCGGAAGCAAUGACCAAUACCUCCUAGUCCAAAACCUGCCCCCGGAAAUCAUUGACAACCUCAUCGAAGACAAGAAUGCCCUAGACGGAAUCCCCUUCCGUUUCACCUUCGAGAGAUACACUGGGCUAAUCAAGAUGAUUUCUGCUGAUCAUAUCGCCGUGACAAGAAAACUAGCAGAGACCGUCCUGCAAGAAUGUCUUCUUGCUGGCGUCCCAAACAAAAAAGAGAUACACUGGGCUAAUGCCGGUGCUGGUGCCGCUCCCACUACGUACAAGGUAGUAACAGGGAACAACAGCAAAGACAAAAGGAAACAACCAGAUGACAGCUUUCUGCCGCUAACUCGGCAGCCGCACGGUUGGCUGACUCUGGUCAUCGACACAUGUCCCCCAGAAUCUAUGCAACGUUUUCGCAAAGACGCAAAAUGGUAGUUUAAGAAUUCUGCCGAAGCUGUUCACACGGUUCUCACUCUGGGAAUCAACACGUGUACCAAGACCGUCGAGGUGGAGAGGUGGCGGUAU